AUGGAAACCCAACGGAGAACCACGGUGGACAAUGACCCCAAGGCAGGCGAAUGGGAACUUACCACACGUCCGCCGACCCCCUGGGGCGCUCGCUACGGCGUCCACAGCCAAGGGCCCGGCCCCUUUCUUCACACAAACCGAUCCUGGCUCUCACCGUCCUUUCCAACCUUCGACCCGAUCGAUAUUCCCAGAAUCCGGGGGUACAUCCUGGAGGGCACCUCGGGCGACGUGGAGGCCCCAAAGGGUGAGGAGGCAGAUCGGCUUUUUACGUCGGAAUCUAUCCAGCUCCAGAGGUUCGGCGGUUUGCGCACCUGGGAAGCAGUUCUCCUGAAAGAUGUCCCCAGUUACGGAGCUGGGAGUGGGCUUGUUCCCACGGGCGAUGAAGGGGGGCAGAACAUUGUCGUUAAGGAAGACAAAUGGUUCUCGGCUUUUAAGAAGAAUAGGUGGAUUGACUACAAUGUCAGGCUGCGGGAUAGUGGUAUUGAUUGUCCGCGGACCUAUGGAGGCGACAACGGUAUCUGGUCUGUAGACAACCCGGCUGUCUGGAAAGCGCUGCGGCCGUCCCUUGAAUUGGCGAACCGGAUUCUACAUCUGGCCUGCGGCGGACCCUGGCUGUCUUCGCUCGUCGACUCGUCUGCCCAUGAAACCACAUACGGAAUCCGGUAUACUCUCAACAAGGAUACCGGGGACGUUUCCGCCACGACUGAUGCCGAACCUUACCGGAGAUUCAUCCAGAUGGUCCUGGCGUUCAUUUUUUACGGCGAAGAAGUUAUCGCCGAUCAUCGAGCAUCCUUCGCAAAGUCCAUCUUUGGCGGAAAGCUAGAAUUCCCCCUUUACGAGGGCCCAGGCAAUCCGAACAAGACAGGCUUCGUACUCCCGACGAAGGCUCGGGAAUUUCCUAUCCAGGCCGAUGCCCUCCAGCAACUUGCUGCAGUCGGCGAGAUAAUUGGACCGCUUGACCUCAAGCUGUAUCCCGCGUGGCUGCACCGACAUGUCGUGUGGCCUAUACCCAGCAUUUGGCAGGUCUCGAUGAUGAACGAAACCUUCUGGACAUAUGAAGUCCAGCGUUUCGGUAUCCAGGCCCUCAAAUUCCCCAAAUACCUCUUCUGCGAAGACAUGUUCCAUCUCGGUUGGAGCAUGAGCGCGUUUCGGACCACGCAAGCGUGCUGGGCCAUGGACACCGUUUCGGCUCCCGGAAAUGGCGCGGGUCUUCGUUUGGUAAGGCAGCUUGAGCAUAGACGCAGGCUUUGGUCUAGGUAUAGGGAGAAGUGGUACGCGGGUAUGCGUCGCAACUGGGAGCUACCACCCUACUCGAACAUCGUUUUCCGCGAAGAGCUCCGUUUGAUUACCGAGGAGUACUUCCUCCGGAGGCAGGAGUACGACGAAUUCCGCGCCCACGAGAUAGCAGAGAGGUGGAUCAUCAUGCCUUAUUUCAUCGCGUCAGAAGUCGUGGUUCCUACCAUAUUUUACACCAAUGCUCUUCUCUGCCGAGCAGUUGGCUUGAUCAUCAUGGCUGCACUACCAGCGAGGCUCGAGCCCAAGACUUGUCAGCGAACUGGGUUCAUCUGGCCCGAUGGUAGGAGACAGAUUUGGAAACUCAGCAAGGCGGCCCAGGCCUCGAAUGACGGCAAGCCAAUUCGAGUCAUGGAGCACUGGUGGGCUGACCGAAAGGCCCCCGACUUCGUGCUACCUAAGAGGCACCACGGUGAGACAGAUGCUGAAAUUAUAGCCAUAAGGGUUGAGCUUCUCAAUGAGGCUCGGAACACGUUGGAGCUGUACCGAGUUCAGGAUAUGGCUGUCCCUCUCGUGACGAGACUCUUGCUGUUGCAAAUUCGCCAUCUUAGGCAUCUCCUCAAGGACGUAAUGCCGCGGUAUAUCAUCGGGUCAGCGAACAGCAACGCAGGCAAUGCAGUAGCUUCUGAAGGCCCAGGGAGAUGGCUGGACAUCUUUUUCAAGAUUCCAAAGUAUUCCCACGAAGAUCAAGUCCGAAGCCCUUGGGGUAACGAGGAGUGGCCGGCAACCAAGUCCAUAUCCAUGGACAAAGCAUACUUCGAGAAGCUUGGUAUACCCCAGGCACCCGCUUCAGUGCCCGCCGUCCCUAGGGUGGGUGAAGUCCCCAAUCCCAAAAAGAAACUCUGGACCGUCGGCCAGGUGGCGGACCAGUUCCGGAAUGGGAGAUUUUGGGCGUUGGUUCACGAGGGAGAGAGGUACGCUGUGUACGAUGUUACUGAUGCAAUGUUGGGAUUUUCAUUCCCGUGGCCUGGGAACAAACCGGACUUCAGUUACUGUCAAUAUGGACGUGUCCUCAAAGGCGAAAGUAUCAGAAGUACUUUUAGCCCUACGAAGGCGAAGAAAAUACGCCAUGUGGGCUACCUUAUCCAGGAAUUCAACGCUGAGGAGGUGGCCGAAGCCCGAACUCCCACCCGGUCCUGGACUCGUCUUGGUGACGACGUUUACGAUAUCACAGUGGUCUUGGGCCCAAGGAAUCACGUCGAGCUGUCGAAGGGGGAACGAACCGCGCUCGAGGAAUCCCAGGGUCGCAACGCCAUCGUGGCCCUUCAGAACCGAGGGCUGGAGGCCCGCCUCCAGGACUUGCGGGAGAGGCUUAAAGAAUACAAAAUUGGGAGGGUUAGGAGAAGGAAACCGAGUUCUGAACACGGUCCGAUGUACACCGCCGACGACGUGACCUGGUUCACAUCCCAUAGGACGGGAAUGUACACUGUCCUGCGUGGAAUGAUGUAUGAUCUGACAGACUUUAUCAACUGGCAUCCCGGAGGUUCGAGUAUUCUCCAGGAGUAUGCGGUUGGAAGAGACUGCACGGAUCUCUUUAACCGCGCCCACACCGAACCCGACAAAAUCCUAAACACCAUUAAACAUUUAGUCGUGGGGAAGAUUGUUCCAAGACGAGAGAAUACUGUCCUUGCGCGUAACGAGUUCGUCAUCAACGAGCACAUUUACAGACUUGACGUCGGCGAAGAGGAAAUUCUUAAUCUAAGUCUCCCGCAUCAUCGCCUGUACAGUAAAAUAGCCUUCACGGAUCGUCCGAACUUGACUCUAAGCGUUCGUGAUGGACAUGAAGAUGCCAUGGCCCUCGCACGGCGUCCCGAGCUCAUCGUGGGAAAAUUAAAACCAGUCAUCCGCCAACCACUAGCCGACGACGAAGACGAUGAGGAGGCCGUUGAGCAGCCGCUCCUUACCUCGUGGCUUCCAGGAGUUUGUGUCUCCGAUCUGGAGAAGUGCAGUGGAGUCUAUUCUGACGCUGGAUACAACGAGGCCUGGAUCUGCGCUGACGAUGUGAUCUACAAUGUCACAACUCUCGCCCGAUACGGCCAUCGGGCCCUCCGAGUAACACUCGAGAGCUUCUGUGGGAGGGUGGUCCAGAGAGCGGACAUUCCACAAGAGGUUUUGCCAUAUCUCGAGGGCCGAGCCAUUGCCAGACUUGACGAGAACGCGCCGCAGUGGAACGACGCAAACAACUUCAGAACUCACGCAAAUGAGGGGACCAAGCACACGCCGAAAAUCACGCGGUUCGCGCCCCAUCCGAAAAAGGACUUUGAGUACAUUCCAGGCCUACCCACUCCCAAAUCUGACUUCCGACUGACGGCUAAGCGGCUCCGAAGAGAACGAAGAGCGCGCACGCCAGAGUCACCUCUCGCCCGGGUCUCAAAGAAGAGAACUGAAUCGAUUUCAGGCAAGAUGGCGAAGCUUCAGAGGAAAAAAGAACGACUCGAGAGCACUAUCAGAGGAGUUAUGAGAACGUAUUCGAUUCUCGAAAACCCCGAUGAAGCACCGGACCUGAGCGGCCAGAAGUUAAGUGAGAUAAUAAAGCCGUUAGAAGACCUCCUCGGGGGCGAAAUUGCGGCGCUCGAGAAGAUUGAUCCUUCGAAUGGGCGUAAGUGGUACUGGAAGUGCUCCCAUUUAAUGGCGCAGAUAGCGGACGAGUGGAAGCGUCACCAACGGCCAAAUCAGGCGGGAGUGCUCGAUGGAAAUGCUGCUAUGGGCGACAUCGAAUCGGAUCCGUCCAUGCCAUACGGGCUAGCUAUGAUGGCGCAGGGAAACUCGGAGUCUGAACCCCCGACGAAUCCACCCGCUCCUCCACCCCCAAAGACUGAACCCCCGAAAAAGAGAACUACUCGCCGUACCAUGGGUAUCAAGGCAAGACAUCUCCUUCACCGCACGCAACUCUACGAACGGAGAAUUUACGACCAGGAGCUCGAGACACAAAAAGAGCUACUAAAAACACUCCAGACACAAAAGCGAAUGCGAAGGAGACGCCCCAAUAUACCAAACGUAAAAGUGAAGCCACCACCGCGAAUGGGCACGUUAGUCCACGGCCGCAGACCCAUCGGUCCGCCGCCAUCACAAAAAGAAUCGAGCGCAGAGGAACCUACUCUUCUUCCGCGCCUUCCAGACGUCUGGCCGUACGCGACAUACUCGAUGUUCAUGCCCUCUACCUGGAACGAUGAGCAGGCCGCGCUGGCAAAGAGGUACGCUCAGGGGAUUCUCUCGGACCGGGGGAAUGACGGGCCCGCCAACGUGUCUACCGGAUGGACGGAGCCGGACACGCCCGAGUUCGCGCAGAUAGUCUCGCAGGUUCUGCCGAUCAUGGAAUUCUUCAGCAAGGGGCCGGGCAGCAAUAAUUGGGGAGACGAGGACUCGUCGGGAGAGGACGAGGGUAUUUUGGCGCUGAAGUCGCUUGCUCGGAAGAGGCGGGAGGCUGCGAAACGGCUUUUCCAGCCGGGCGAAGGUACAGGCGGAGAAGGUCCUCCCCCGGUUGGAGAUGGCACGUAG